AUGUACCCUGGGCGGCGGGUCCUCUUACAGAUCUUGCCUCCCCCUUGGCACAAGCAGGAUGUGGCGGUGCUCAAGGCUCUCACGCACAAUGUCAAGGAGCACAUCAAGCUCAAGCUUAAUGGCAAGCCCGGGUCCAUGCACAAGGACAAUGGUGCUGCAGCAACUGGUGUGCUUGGCAGAUUAGACACGCUGGCGCUUGUGUACCAGUUGGUGGGGCUGGUUGUGAGGCAGCUGCCGUUGCAUGUUACAAUGGGGCCUGCCACAGUCAAUGCAAGUUGGACAAAGGAGGAGAUGCUGGAGGAGGCCGCAAAGAUGGUGGAGAGUGAGCUGUGGACAUUGCUGGAGAAGAAUAUUAUGGAUCACGUCAUUGGGCCACUGGAGUGUAGGAGCACUGACAGAUGA